AUGACGAGUUUCAUAUCAUCGCAAAUGGGCGAUGUUGAACAGGAUAUUGUUGUUCUAUCCGACCAACCCAAUGUUUUAAACACAUGUGUCAAUCAACCAAAUCGAGGACGUAGUAAGACAAGACCAUAUCCACUAAGCGAAUUGAACGACUUGAAAAUACAACAAGGCUUGAUAAUUAAGGAUUUGUUGUUUUCUUUGAUUGGAUAUGAAGGAUGCUAUAUUAGGUAUAGUGAAAAAUAUGAUCCAAGUGAGAUCAAUUCCAAAAUAAGAGGCCCUGAUUUUAAGAUCGCAAAACAUCUAGACAUAAGCUUAAAGUGCAUUACCAAGAAACUUGUGAAGUUUGGCAAGUACUAUUCAGGAUUGAAUGGAUUCUUAGAGUUGUAUGAUAGGCCAGAAUUUGGUAAAGUUGUGCAAAGGUUAUGUUUUGCAAUUAGUGAAUUCCUUAUCGUCUACCAACAAGUAAUUAAACACAUAGAGGAUGAAUUCAAAUUUAAUUCAACUUUUAAUCUUAGCAUAUUUGAAACCAUCUUGAAUCAGGAGCUUUCACUCAAACUAAGUCAUUUCUAUGAUAUCGUCAUAGCUGUUCAUACCGAAACUAUUGAACGGAGCAAAUACAAGCAUCAAACGAGUGAAUCAUAUUUCAAUAAUUUCAUUAAAAGCAUUCAAAAUGAUCUUAAAGAAACAGGAUCCAUAGAUCUUGCGACUGAUAAUGUGAAUUUUGAAUUUUGUAAAGGAGGAAUUCUCUUAAAAAUAAUACAAGACAGAAUUAAUGCAUAUCAAGGUGAUGUUAUUUCUCUAGAGUUCUUAACUAAAAUAUUUGACGUGGUUAGUAUUGAUUAUGUUUCCAUGCUUAAUAAAUGGCUAAUUAAUGGGGAGAUAGAUGACUCUGCUGAGGAAUUCAUAAUCAAGAUGAAUAGGUUUCCCGAUAAUCCUGAUAGCCCGAUCCGCCGUAAUGUGGAAAAAUAUUGGGACGAGCUAUACGUCACAAGAACUGACGGUGUUAUAGAUCAGUUCUCAAGCAAAGAUAUACAGUUGAAAAUACUAGCAACCGGAAAGUAUUUAAAUAUAUUCAAGACUUGCACAGGUCUUUAUGACUUUCAGCAAUUAAAUGAACUAAUACAACCUAUCGAUAGGUUAUACUCACAAGAUCUAGAAUUAAAAAUCAAUGAAUACUAUAGAAGAGCUAAUAAAUUGCUAAUGAAGUUGUUAUUCGAAGGAUACCAAUUCCCAAGCUUAAUAGACGGGUUCCAGACACUUUUCUUAUUCAAGGAUUCUUCAAAGAUUGAUGUCUUCUUAGAGAAAUCAUUUAAUGAUUUACGAAAGAAUAAGCAUGCGAUUUCCACAUCUAGGCUUUCUAAACUUUAUGACGAUACAUUGCAGCAUAAAAAGGAUGAUUUUCAGGUGAAAGAUAUAAAUAAACAAAAUAGCAUAUCUGAUAAUAAAAUGAAUGAUGUUUUAAGUUAUUGUCUGGGUUUGUCUAUUGAUUUUACUAAUUUUUAUGACUUGGCUGAAGAAAUUUUGAAUGUUAAGUCUUUUGAUGCAGAAGAGGCAUUUAAGAAUGGCCAAAAUUCUAAUAUUUUUAAAGCAUUAUUAAAUAACUCCUUAGAGAGAGAUCAAAUUAAUUCUGCGGGUUCAAACAUUUCACCAAACAGCUAUGACCCUGAUCACUCAGAUGAGUAUACGAUUUCUGGAGUCAACUUAGAUAUGGAUUUACCAUUUCCCUUGAAUAUGAUUGUAGGGCAAAACUACGUUCUCGAAUAUCAAUUAAUUUUCAAAUUGCAAAUGAUUGUGAAGUUCAUUAAUAAAUUGAUUGAUAAUACGUGGAAAGAGAUUAAUUAUUCUACUGUGUGGAAAUAUACUGGUUUUCAUCCGAAAAUUAGAAAGUGGAUUUUAAGAUGCCGUAUAUUGAAUAAUAGAAUGAAAGAUUUCAUGAAUGAUCUACAAUUUUAUUUAAAUUUUGAUAUCAUUGAAACGAAUUUUGAUUCCUUUAGACAACAUUUUAAGGACAUACAAAAAUUGUUACAUAAGGAGAGACUCGGAUCAAACAUAAGCCAUCAAAAUAUUAAUAAUAGUGGCAUUUUUGGAUUUAAAAAUGGUUCAUUAGCUAAUUAUAAUCACAAUAAUCUUUUUGAUGAAAAAAUAAUGAAUCAUAAUCAGAAUUUUAAUGAUGUUCCGAACGACAAUUUGAUCAAUAUAGACAAUUUGAUUAAUAAACUAGGUUCUUUCUUAAAUAAUAUUUUGAGAGAUUCAUUCAUUACUAACAAGGUUCUAAUUGAUGUUCUUAAAAAUAUGUUUGAUCUGAUUAUCCUGUACAACCAUUAUUUGAACAGGUUGAAAAAAUCUUUAAUAAUGUCAAACAAGGACUUGUUUCACAAAUUUAGUCAGGACUAUCCAGAAAAAUUUCAGAAUAGAGUAAUGGAUGAUGAACUGAUUGGAACAAGAUUUAAAAACUUGGAUGGAAUGCUAAAUUCACAUUUUGAAAUUUUUAAUGAUUCGUUAACGGAAUUUAUAGUUACAAUGAAGUCCCAUGGUAACUUGGAGAAUCAACUGUUUUUAAUCUUAAUUGAAAGAUUAGAACAUUGUUUUCCAGAUCAUUAA